AUGGUUGGUGACUCACUGGGCUUAGUUCUGGUGAUCCCAGUAAAUAAAGAUGCUAGACGUGCAGGAGAAAUUGAUCAGAUCGCCUUUGAAAUCGAUCUUUUCCAUAGUGGUCUGAGGGGUUUGUUCCUCUUCGGGCAUGCUACAUCGGAUCAAGUCUUCCAGGUGAGUGUCAGCGAAGAGUGGGAAGGUGGUAAUGAAAUUGGCUCCAAUGCCAAUAAGAAAGCUGCCACUAAUAAGUUAAGUGAAGUGCAUCAGAAAGGCUUGGUAGAGUAUCUGAAUACGAGCCUUGUUCAACUGUGCCCACGGGACCCGGAAGCCCUCGAGGCAAGGCGAAAAGGAAGAGAUGCUCCCUAG